AUGAAUUCCAGCAGAAUUACCGACACCAGCCUUACUUCUAAUGAAUCUAUACAUUCAGCUAACUCCAGUGCGUCUGAAUCAAGAAAGAGACAAUCUAAAAGGGACGACGCUAUAAGAAGAAGAAUAGAACAUGAUUUGAACAAAAAGAAGAAAGGCGGCUCGGGAUCAUCAAGAAAGAGAAGAUCAUUUAAAGCAGGAACAGUCAUGUCACUCAGGCCCAAUGAUCCUAUUGCCUGUAAAGCUUCCAGUACAGUCUAUGAAAUCUCCCAACUCAUGACUGCAAAGCGUGAAAAUUGUAUUCUUGUGAUUAAUGAGGCUGGAGAAUUGAUGGGUAUUUUCACUGCCAAAGAUUUGGCAUUUAGAGUUGUUGGCGCUGGGUUAAAUGCAUCAUCUAUAACUAUUGAUCAAAUUAUGACUCCGAAUCCUAUUUGUGCUUUUGCCAACCAACCUGCUUCUGAAGCGUUAACUUUAAUGGUGGAAAAGGGAUUCAGACACUUGCCGGUGUUGGACGAAGAAACUAAUCAAAUCCUCGGUGUUUUGGAUAUUACCAAAUGUUAUGAACAACAAAUGGAGAAAUUGGAAAGAAUGCAUUCAUCUUCAAGCAAGUUGGAUGAUGCUUUGAAUUCAAUCCAUAGUGAAAUUGGAAUUGAUGAACAUCCUGCUCAAGUAUUUGAAUAUUUUGAAACUUUGAAACAAAAGAUGAAUAGUCCUACUUUGGAAAGUGUUCUUGAUUUUACCACUGGCCCAGUUUUUACUAAUGUCAAAGCUUCGGUAUACGAAGCCACUAUUUUAAUGAAGGAGAAUAGAACAACCGCAGUAUUAAUCAAAGAUACCAAUGAUGAAGUUGCUGGUAUUUUUACCUCUAAGGAUGUGGUUUUACGUGUUAUAGCUGCUGGAUUAGACCCCAAAACAUGCUCCAUUGUGAGAGUUAUGACCCCACAUCCUGAUGUGGCUAAUGUUAAUCUUCCAGUUCAACAAGCACUUCGUCAAAUGCUUGAAGGUCACUAUUUAAAUUUACCUGUGAUUGGAGAGGAUCAAGAAAUCAUUGGUAUUGUUGAUGUUUUGAAAUUGACCUAUGUAACAUUGAGCCAAAUCAAACUGGUUGAAACUAAAGAUUUACCCAUGACGCCUUCCCAAUCCAAGGAAUCAGGAAAUGCAAAUGUCCUGCAAGGUUCUGGGCCAGCCUGGAACAAGUUUUGGACUACAUUUGAUCAUCAGCUUCUUGAUGAUAAUGAUUCUGUUCAUUCAGAUACAAUCUCUGGAAGCUUGGGAGCAGGCGGUGGUAAAGAGAGAGGGCAUCAUACCCUUCCACCACCAGAUGUUACUGCUUCUGAAAUCCACUCGUUUGAGAUUGAACCAUCAGACUCGGUUUCUCACGUUGAUAGCAAGUCAGAAACCCGCGAUUUAGGUGUAGCCGUCACUGGAACUACUACAACCACCCUUGCUGAAGAAGAUACCCCAUUCACAUUCAAGUUCAAAUCUCCCGGUAUUGAAGGCAGAGUUAAUAGAAUUACCGUGCGUCCUAGUGACGGGGUUGACAAAUUACGUGGAUUAAUUGAACAGAAGCUAAUUGAAAAGGAUUUUACCGCUUUGAAAAUUGAAAGACCGGUUGAGUCAUCCUCGGCUAAAUCUGUCACAUCAUCAAACACCUGUCAAUUGGAUGAUACUGUUUACGCAGUCAGUUAUGUUGAUGACGAAGGUGAUGUGGUUUCCAUUACAUCCAACGAUGAUUUGGCCGAGUGUAUUCGUAUAAAUCAAAAGUUGCAGAAUGAUAAGGCUGAUUUAUACAUUCAUAAUUUAAACGACCCAGUAUUGGUUGAAAAAGUCAAACCGGUUGAACCAAUCAAGAAGCCAGCCAAGACAACCAUAAUCCCAGGUGUAUCCAAUGAGAUGCUCAUUUCAGGUGUGUUGACUGUCGUGGCUUCUUCUGCUAUCAUUGGCUUUGUCCUUCGUAGAAAGUGA